ACAAACGAAAGUGUUACAGUGUCGAUUUCCCAAAAUUUUUUGGAACUAAACAAGGCCUAAGCCUCUUAAGCAUGAGGUUGAGUCCAACACCGCUUGCCUGCUGAAUGCCUCGGAAAGGAAAACACGAUCCCCGUCCGGAGCUUGGCAGAACUCCACGGCCAGCGAGGCUGCUGAUCCGAUUCACGGAGCGGUGGAUGAUGAUGUUCUCGGGGGUAGCCGGGUGUGCAGGCAGGCCCCUCGCCGUGCUGAUGCAAAUCUCCGGCCGCUAUGUCCACGAACGACGGCGUCUCAGAGCAUGGCGCCCGCGAGAAACAGAGGCGCUGCUGAGCACGCCGAGAGCCUUGAUAAAAAAAUAAAAAAAAAUCAUGACGUGUCCUUGGGGCCGCCCACGUUGAGGCGGUAGCGCCUGCAUGUUGCCGCCCCAGAGACACGUCGAGGGCCCGCGGCGGCGCCCACCGGUGUCACCAUGCCGUCCCACAGCAGCUUCGCCUCCACUGGAGCCGGGAACAGCUCGACGGCGAUGACGAACGCGACCGAGCCCAUGUCCCGGGGUAAACGUGAUGCCAAAGUCGCCAGAGCCACCAGCUGCAGCAGCAGGGACACAUAACUCCGGUUUCAAAAAAAAAAAAAAAAACUUUCCUCUCAUCGCAAAAUCACAUCUGUCUUCUUCCCUACUCAAAUGAACCUCUGUUUAGGUUGUAUUUCCAAUUAGUGCAAGUUUGCAGAUGUUUCAAAUUGGUGCCAGUUGCACAUGUUUUAAAGUGUACAUUUGUUUUUUUUUUUAAAAAAAAUAUUGGCGUAGGGGUAGUAGGCAUUGUAUAAAGCAACUUGGCUUUUGAAUUCACAUUUUACGGGCUACAACACUACAUAUGUUAUGCAACUUUGUAAUGGGAGGGUAAAAAAUGGAACUAUUUAAUUUGGACGGUUGAUACUGAUUUUUGAGGGUGUGUAUUCGGUUAUGUACAGUUUACCUUAAUGUUAUUAUUGUACAUGCAAUAUACACCAGCUGUCUGGUUUGAGAUGUGUCCACAAACCAUGUCUUCUUUGCCACUGUAAGUUCUUCAAGCAAAGGGGCACACACAUUGGAGGCUUGGAGCUGAAGCAAGACAUCUGCAAGUAGCUGAAGCAAAGCAAGGAGUUUGCCUAGCAACAGCAAUUACCAUAUAACCUGUCUAGGAGGCAACACCAAUCCACUGCUGAGCGCAAAACAUAUUUGAAUGUUGAAACUACUGUAGCAUACACUGUCAGGAUUAACCUCAUUCCUCUGUCGUAACUCGUAGGCUCGUAGCCAUUCUUCCUACGAAACACUGAAAAGCGUGACUUCAAGGCCUCAUCAGCACAGCUCCCCCCACCCCCAUCAUGAAGGCAGCAGCCGCGCCGCCGCCGCUUCCACCGCCACGCCGUCGCGUGUACACGGCGGUGGACCCGCGGUGCGAGUGGACAAGCACGGAGGACGCCGACACCCUCGUCGUCGACGUGUCAGGGUUCAGGAAGGAGGAGCUAAAGGUCCUGUACAGCACCCGGCAGAAGCUGAAGGUCACCGGCGAGCGCCAGGCCGACGGCGUGCCCAGGCUGAAGGUCACCGGCGAGCGCCAGGUCGACGGCGGCCAGUGGGCACGCUUCCUCAAGGUGUUACCGGUCCCGAGGAGCUGCGACGCCGGCACCAUCCAGGCCAAGCUCAACACCGAGAGCGCCCGGCUCUUCGUCAUCCUGCCCAAGGGAUCGUCGUCGUCGUCGUCCAAGGACAAGCAGAAAGAGCAUCACCCUGAGCGCGCACAGUCUCUUCAAGAGCUGAUGAUGGCCGAUACUGAAGAUGGCUCAUCAGGCAGCAGCGUCGGCAGCAUGUGGAGCGCCCAAGAAGAUCCAGGGAACGGCAAGGUCCAAGACAAGGAACAGAAACAAGAUCAUCAGGCUAUGGAGGAACCGAGACAAGAUCAAGUGAUGAACAUACAAGGUGACGCAACUGAAAAUGCAGCCAGGAACGACGAUGGUGAUGGUGAUGGCAAGGGUGAGGACAGGAGAUGGAGGAAGAUCAGAGUCCUGCAUGUUCUUGGCUUCGUCCUGGUCCUUGCAUUGGUGGGUGUUGGUGCCACUAUCCUGUAUAUAGUGUUACUGUGAAGAACGUGGAACAAUUGUGUGUCUACAUGUAUGAUGUAUCAUGUGCAAUAGCAUGGUAUUCCACUCUGGAAGGAGAGCAUGCCAAUGCAGUUGG